UUUAAUAAGGCAAAAACAAAUAAAUCUCAAAUAAUAAAUCCAAAAGUAAUUGCUUGAUCUAUGCCAAAAAAGUGCUAAAUAAUACCGCGGCAGCUGUCAAUUGUCUGCCAUAUUUAGCACGUUUUUGCGUGGAAUUCUCUGGCAACGGAAAUCACAAGAAUCUACGGAGCUCAACAGGUGAAGAGAGACAGAAAGUCAGAGAGAAAAAGCGAGAUCACUGCAAAUGUGCCCAAAAUGUCGAAUUGUUGGAGGUUGUGGCAAGCUCUGUGGCCAAAACUCUUGCUGUGGCAGCUCCAAGAACAGCUGUUGUAAGCCUUGUGGAGGGUGUGGACCAUGUGGAUCAUGUAGUCCCUGUGGAUCAUGUGGUCCCUGUGGAUCAUGUGGUCCCUGUGGAUCAUGUGGUCCCUGUGGAUCAUGUGGACCUUGUGGUUCCUGUGGGCCAUGCUGUGGUCCAUGCCCUGGUCCCUGUUCCCCCUGUGGACCUUGCGGAUCGUGCCACAGCUCGUGUUGCGGCCAGGCGCCUUGUGGCAUGGUCUCCUAUCGCCUCCAGAGCGGACCCGUGGGUCCCCUGCUGCCCAGCAUGGAGUACUGCGGCUGCUGCUCGAGUAGCUGUUGUCCACCCUUCUAUUUUGUGCCCAAUCCCUGCGCCUGCUGCUGGGAAUGGGGCUGCUUCGGACCCUACUAUUAGUUGCAAACUGAGCUUUCUUCUUCACUGUGUCGCGUUCACUUUGUCGGGUGACUUUGAUCGAACUUUUCAAUAAAUAAAUUUGUAUGUC